CAUUUUACUUCCCUGUCCGAAUUCCUUUCUGUUUUAAUGCCUGUGAAGUAAAGAAAAUAAUAAUGGCUUCCUCGUUCACACACUUUUGUACAAUUUGCAAUGAUGAUCAAAUAUCGAAAAUAGCAGUUACGUGGUGCACAGAAUGUGGUGUAUUUUUGUGUGAAGACUGUGAAAAACCUCACAGAAGGCUUAAUCUUUCCAAGAACCAUAAAACAAUCCUAACUGAGGAUUAUGAUGAGUUACCAACAUUCAUAACAAAAAUUAGUAUCCAGUGCAAGGAUCACAAGAAGAUGUUUGAACUUUACUGUUCUUUCCAUGCAUGUCCCUGCUGUGUCCAGUGCAUUACUGAUAAACAUCAGAAGUGUCAAGACAUGAAACCACUGUCAGAUAUUAUAAAGCAAUUUAAAUCAUCUGCCUCAGUUGAAAACCUUGAAACAGAUUUGAAUGAUGUAAAGGAAAACUUAAUAAAAUCAGUUGAAUACCUUAAAACCAGGAUAAGUACAAAUAAUAUUCAAAAAACUAAAGCAGUUGAAAAAAUCCGAUACAUGAGGAAGUCGAUCGAUAAGUACCUAAAUCAGUUAGAGCUGACACUACUCGAUGAAUUGGAGUACAAAUAUUCAAAGCUGAAAUCGAAUAUGAACACUUUAGUACAACAAAUGGAACUUCGAGCAAAUCAGAUAGACCAAAUGCAGAGCAAAUUAACUGAUUUGAUACAAUAUGCAACAGAUUUACAAAUAUACAUUUGUUUGAUUGAAAUUGAAAAAUCGUCAUCACGAGUAGCCAAUUACUUCGAAGAUUUGGAACAAGGAGAUGAUUUAAGUGAAAAGAAUUUGAAUAUGAGCAUUUCAUCUGAUCUUCAAUCUAUUUUGCAAGAUGUUAAGUCGUUUGGGGAUAUUGCUAUUAAGAUCAGCCCUUCUACUCUACAAGUUAAGACCAUAAGAAAGGAUCAAGCGCAACAAUUAGUUCCAAACAUUCCUGACGUUGAACAAAUUAAGCCAUUUUGGAUGUAUGCAAUGACAAUUCCAGUUAGUAUAUUUCCUUUACUCAUUAAGGCUUGUGUAGUAUUACCUGAUGAUAAAUUCAUAAUACUGGAUAAUGUGCAACUACUAUUGUUCAGUAACAACGUCUGCUUUGUGAGAAAAAUAUAUACAUUCAGAGAUAUUCCAUUGGAUGUCUGUUUUGUUAAAACAAAUACAGUGGUGGUAGCAUUAGGGUCAGCAAACAAGAUCGCACUGGUUGAUGUUGCAAAGAACAGAAUUAUCAAAAUUGUCAGACUUUCUCAUAACUGUGAUGGAGUAGGAGUUGAUGAUAACAUGAUGAUCGUCAGCAGUGAUGGGAAAAGUACCUUAAUAAAUUUGAAUGACAUGUAUUGUACAAUCUUACAAGGAGUGCGAGCAAGCCAUAUUUCAUUAUUCAAAGGACACAUUUAUGGUAUCCUUGAAAUAAACAAUCAAAGCAGAGUGAGCUGCUACAAAAACAAUGGAGAACAUAUUUGGACAUUUAUGCACCUUGAAAUUGAUGAACCGAUGGGACUAACAUUAGACAAGAAUGGAUUCGUUUAUAUAGCUUCUGCUAGUAACAACAGUAUCGUGGUAUUAUCACCCGACGGCAAAAGAAGUAGCUCAAUACUAUCCGAACACGACGGGAUCAAUUGUCCUAGUUCAAUAGAUAUAAACAAAGAAUCAGGACUGAUGAUGGUGUCCUAUGAUUUAAGUAGUGAUGGGGAUAUGGAGUCCUUUGAUUCAGCUUUUGUCUAUAAAAUACCAAAUGUGUGAUUGUUUUCAUAUUGAAAAAGGUUUAUUAAUGCAAACUAUUUAAUGCUAUCAAACAUUGUCAUCCUCCUUAUGGCAUCACCGUCACGUAAUUUAAAAUGCAUAUUUGUAUUCAUUUUAUAUGAAAUAAAACUAAACGCUAUAGUUGACUAACUAACAAAAUAAUCAAAAUUAACCAGACUUAAAUAUCAGUCAUAACAGUAAACCAACGUAUGAUUGCAUAUCCUUUAAACGUUAGGAGUGAUGACUUUAAUUUAUCAUAUUCCUUGUAAACAGAAAUUCUUUAUACGCAAAAUUUUGGUCAGAAAAUGUCAAAAGAAUAUCUACUAAAUAAAAUGAAAAAACAACACGUUGAAUAAUUGUAUGCGUCGAAAGCGCUCUUCUGGAUUUAACUUACCAGGAACGUUCAAAACCAAAUAUUUGAAAGCUGGGGAUGUAUAAGUACCGAAAAAAGUCGAAGUCAAGAGCUAUAUAACAAAAAAUGAAUAAAAAAAGCCAAAUCCAUCUAAGGUCAACUUUGCACGAGGGAGUUGAAACCCUUGUUUCUUUAUAAUUUCCAAAUUUAUAAACGGACAAUUUUAGAAAGGUUUGUUAUAAAUCAUGUCAGUACCGAAGUACUUACUACUGAGCUGAUGAUACCCUCAAGGACUAAUAAUCCACCAGCAGAGGUAUUGAACCAGUGCUGUAAAAAAAUUGAAAAUAACACGUUUAAUAAUUUUAUGCGUCCGAUGAACUUUUCUGGAUUUACCUUCAUCAGGAACGCUCAAAACCAAAUAUUUGAAAGCUUAGGAUGAGUAAGUACAGAAACAGUUAAAGAGCUAUAUUACAAAAAAAUACCUUUAAAAAAACCCAAAUACUAAGGGAUACAUCAAAUGCAACACAACCGAAUAUAAUUCUAAGACCCAUGCCAAAGUAUUUAUUUUUAGAAAAUACCAGAAUUGUACAGAUGUCCAUAGCUUUUCGAGUUAAAAGCAGUUCUUUUUUGUCAUGGUUACGGAGUCUCUUAGAUUGUGGCAUAAACCUGCAUAUUUUGACGUCGAAAAUUGUUAUCAAAAUAUGUCAUAAACUAUGGCAUAUGCAGAAUGAAAGUGAAUUGGCAAAUAUUGUGCAUUCAAUGACCUUUAGGUUGCCUUAAAGGUCAUAUGUUAUUGGUGAUUUUGAACUGUGAUUUUGGAGUCAUUUUAUUAAAUUUUGUCAGAAACUGUAAUAAAUAGGUCAAUACAAUAAAUACAAAAAAAAAAAUAUACAGAACGUUUAUUGAUUAUAUUUGUUAAGAGGUCAAGGUCAUGUUAAACGUUCUUAACAACGACCCUUACUUGAUAUUUUUGAAUUUUAUUUGCACAUAUGAUAUAGUUUUUCUUACAGAAUGUUGGUUUAAAAAUGAUUUUAGUUUUUCCAUUCCUCGUUAUGACUGUUUUUUGUAUGCUAGACGAAAGUCUAAAUCUACUCAAGGAGGAGGUAUUGUAAUUUUGAUAAAAGGGUGUUUUUCUAAUAAAAUAUCUAUUAAAACAUUUA